AUGGUUCCCAAGACAAUCGCAGGGAAGAUUUUUGGCUCGAUCUGCUCCUUGAGUGGGGUGCUGGUAAUUGCCUUACCGGUCCCUGUCAUCGUGUCCAACUUCAGCCGCAUCUACCACCAAAACCAGAGAGCAGACAAGAGAAAGGCACAGAAGGUUCAGAAAGCACGAUUGGCCAGGAUACGACUCACCAAGACGGGGAGCUCAGGUCCCUUCGUCCAUGGCAAAGGCAACGGCCUGUUCAACGAAGCCUUGGAGCUCACGCAUAUCCCAUACAAGAUCAACCUUUCAGAUCAGGGAUCCAAUGAGGAGGAGCAGCGACUGAGCAAAUCUACCUCCCUAAUAGAAAGCCAGCGCCACCACCUGCUGCACUGUCUGGAGAAGACCACAAACCAUGAGUUUGUGGAUGAGCAGUAUUAUCAGCAGAGCUACCUUGAGGCGGGGAUGCAGAACUACGCCUCUCGAAGCCCCUCCUUGUCGAGCCAAGAUGGCGUUACUGGCACGUGCUGCAGUCGCCGAAGCAAGAAGCUGCACACACCUCUACCUAACGCCAGCGGCCCCGUGCACAUGCCCUCACUGACCCACGGGCACACACCGGGGCUCCAGGAGCUCAGUACCAUCCACAUCAGCACCAGUCGCUCCAGUCUGAACAUGCGUGUGGAUGAGCAGUCGCCUCUGAACUGCCAGGGCAGUCAGAUCACCACAGCCAUCAUCAGCAUCCCCACGCCACCAGUGACCACUCCUGAGGGGGACGCCCACCUGCCCACAGGCCCCACUCACCAGAACGUGGUCAAGGUUUCAGCGCUGUGA